CCAGCCUGACGAGAGGCCCUUGGCUUCCUAGCAGGUGUGCCCUGGGAGCUCUGCUCAGGGCUUUUAAUGGCUUUCACCAGGUAUAUUCUAGGGGAGCCAGAGUGGGGGUGGAAUUGCAGAGCUAACCCUGCCUUUGUAGGCAUGUUAAGCUCAAGACUGGGAGAAGUUGGUGAGCCCCAUCUGUGACUCUGCUGGGACAGGGAACUUUCUGGGGGGCCUUUUGCAUCCCCAGCUCUAAUUUAAAUGAUUAAUUUAGAUCAGCUGCUGAAAUGCUGCCUCUUGCCCUUUGUGAUGGCUAGAAAGGGAGACAGAAGCAGGCCCCCAAGUUCCUUUUCACACCCCUGGGCUGGCGGGUGAUGCUGAUGGCAGCACGGUUCUGGCACGUGAACCAUCUGUAAAGGGGCAGGCAGGCAGCAUCCACUGCUGCUGUCAGUGAAAAGGAAGCUAUUAAACGGCAGGGAAUGCGCUCGAGCAGGGGGGUGGAGCUGGCCCUGCUCUGGUAGCUCCAGCAGCGUCUCCUCCCACCCGAAUGAAACCUGGGUGCAGCUGGUUUCUGCUCAAACCUACAAAGACCAGGCCUGCGGUCGGCUCCUAGAGCUGAGCUGAUGCUGUUGUCACAGGAAGUUCCCUGCUUUGACCAGAAGGAGCCGCUCCGUAGCAGCUGCCUGGUGGGGUUGGCAUUCAGCUGGGGAAGGCAUUCACUAAGGGGCAGGGAGUGAAGAUAUGGGAACCAGGUGCCUUUUCCUGUCCUGGAGGGGGUGAUGGCUGGAGGGAAACCCUGAGGUGGAAUCAAUACAGAAAGGGGGUGGGGAAGAAAGAAAAACACAACCCCCACCUCAAUCCCGAUUGUGGGCCCAGUUUGACCUGUGCCAAUCACGUGGCACAAAUGUGCUCCCUGGGUCCUUGGCCCCAGGUCGAUCUCCCAGCAGGUCAGAGCAGCGCCCAGGCUGCUCUAAAUUCCACCAGGCCUCUUUCCUUGGUAAUACCUCCAUGCCAGGGGCACCCUAUUGCCUGGAUGCCAGCCAGGCUAGCUGGAUGCCAGACUGGCCUUCCCCACCCCUAUGCCAAGGGAAUUCCCAGCCAGCUCUGUCCCCAAGUGCCACACAAGUGCAUUUGUCUGCCUGGAUUCCAGCUUGCUUUUGAUAAUGUGUUAAUAGAAAAAUAACAAUGUGCUAAGUAGCUGUAACCACAUGCUGGGGCCGGGCCUGUGAACUGUCCGCCGGAUGCAAGGACCAGGACAGAUCAGAGCUGGAGCAAUAGAUGGGGCUAGAACUAAGGGUGAGGCAUUGAAAUUCGGACUGGGAACACGGAGGCGGCACUGCAGGAGUUUUAAACGUUCCAUGUGCUGAGCUCUGCUGGGCUGUGGAACAAGGGAGCGGGGGAACGGACCACAGGGGAAUCAGACUGGUGGUGGAUGGACGGCUCUCCCAUCUCGGCCUCUGGGGACUCAGCGCUCGUUUGGGACAUCCCACAGAGCUGGUUACUCAAGGGCUUUUCAACAUUAGCAAUUCACCUUCUGCCUGCUAAAAGAGGAACUGUGCAGCUAAAGAAACAAGAACUCCUGUCUUCAAUGUCUUCCCCACGGUGCUUUUGGACACAGUUCAGGGAGCAGGAGGACGUGUGCUGGGGCCAGCUGCAGCCCCGGGGUGCUCCUCUGCCCGAGGAGAGAAGAGAGCCCGUCUGAGCACUCGCUCUGCGCGGCUCAUACCCACAGCAGAAGACCGGAGAACGCCAUUGCCAAUUCGCUCUUUGCUCUGGAGGGAUACAUGGUGCUCGGUCUCCGUUAGCCACGGCCUGGUGUCUGACAGGAGGAGGAAGCUGAAACCCAGAUCUGUGGGGAAAAGGAAAGAUGGGUCAGGAAGAUGGGGUCAUCUAUGCGGAUCUGAAAUUUCCUCCCAGAUUGCAGCAAACAGAUGUGAAGAAAGCAGAAUCACAGCCCCCUGCCCAGAAGACGUCUCUGUGGGCUCAGCUAGCAAUAGUGGUGGUUCUCUGUGUGCUGUUCCUGGUGGCGCUAAUUUCCCUGAGUGUCCUGUAUUCCCAGCUCCUGGCUCGCAACACGCAGCUUCUAGAGGAAUCCAAGCAAGCCAAGAGCAAAAUGGAGCAAGUGGAAGGGAGAUACUCCCAGUUACUGCAGUGGACGUUGCACACAAACAUCUGUGCCUUGGAGUCCCCGUCCUCCAACACCUCAGAACCCCACAACGUCAGCUGUUCCUUGUGCCCCUGCCAAUGGAUUUCAAACAAAGGGCGAUGCUACUACUUUUCUCCAACUAUGUCACCGUGGAGUAACAGCAGGAGCAGCUGCCAGAAGGAACAGGCCGAUCUAGUGAUCAUUAAUGAUCGGGAGGAGCAGGUCUUUCUCAGCCAGCGGAAAAGGCAGUUGAUUUAUUGGAUUGGCCUGACAGAUGUGGCCAAAGAAGACUUGUGGAAGUGGGUGGAUGGCACUGACUUAAACCAAGAGAAAUUUUGGUACGAUAGCCAGCCAGAUAACUAUCUGGAUGAGGACUGUGCAACUCUGACAAACCAACUCCCCCUGCCGCAUAACUGGAAUGAUGACAAUUGCAACAAACGUCUCCACUACAUCUGUGAAAAGGCAGCAGUCACUCUCACCAUCCAAGCUUCCUCUGACUCGGAAAAUCUUGUUCAUUGUGACCAAUGAUGCAGAGUCCCAGAAUGCCACUGGGCAACUCCUGAGCCUGUUAAUCUCCUGCUGGCCAAACACCCAGUAGAGGGUGCUGAGGACUCACCUUUGCAGGUGGCUUGGCAGAAGCCACAGGUUGUCCAGCCCCGUUUUCCAAAGGGUAUUUUUGCCCAGAUCCACACAGGAACUUAGGUGCUUAGCUCCUAGGUCUAGGCACCGCCGAGAUCCACAAAACCCCUGCUCAGCUGUGGCCUAACCUUGAAGGCACCUAAAUUCACUUGGCAUCUAAACUUUUGCUCUAAAAAUCCCUCUAGAAUCCUACGUUUUCUACCUUUUGGGCUCAGAGCCGGUGUAGGCAGGUGUAAUGGAAGGCUAAACUGUAUUAUAGGGUCCAGCCACUCAGUGAUACUGUGUGUGUAACCCAUAGUGAAGCUAACCUCAGCCCUACUUGGCAGUCCAUCAACGAUCUUGUAGUGAACACAGCUGGUGUGAUUUGUCUGUGAAGGCAGCUCUAUUGCCAGUCAUAGAAUCUCAGGGUUGGAAGGGACCUCAGGA